CCGACCUCUGUGGUCAAUUCGGCAAAUUGCACCGUGAUGCUAGGAGUGAUAGGAGGGGACCUGCCGCCGAAGUACGCGGCCGAGCUCACCAAGCUCGCCAAGAUCAACGCCAAGGUGCUGCUGGCAUGCUCGAGCCCUGGCAGCAACGACGACUCGCCUGUCAAGUGGACUGCACAAGGCAAGCCGAUCGAUGGAGGAGUUCAACUAUACGUGGGCCAAGACCCGACCAGCCACAACAGCAAGUCGCCACUCAACCUCAUGUGCGGCGUCGUAUAUGUUCAAGCCCCUCUCCAUGAAGUAAUCCAUGCGCUCGGCAACCUAACCACGAACCCGUACUUCCAGCGAUUUGUCGAAGACGCGGUCGUGAUCGGGUCGCGCGCGUUGUACGACAUGGACAAGAACGACCGCCGUGCGACGCGAAUACAAUGGAUGGCGAUCCGAAGUGCUUCGUCCCUGAUGCAGCAUCGCGACUUUGUCGUUGUCCAGCAUCAAGACGACGUGGUUGUGCCGUCGCGGCGGAACACGUCGUCCGUGCGAGGGUGGGUGUCAUGCAUCCAUUCUGUCAAGUUGCCGAUGGUGCCGCCGUUUGCGCACACGUACGUUCGUGGAGGCAUCUACGCGUCGGGGUAUGUGCUCAAGGAAACCCACCAGCGCAACGUCACCGAGGCUGCGAUGGUGCUGAAAGUCGACUUUAAAGGAUUUGUGCCGCGACUCCUUUGCAACGGCACACUCAAGGCAUGGAUCGGGUGCGUCGGCCGCAUGGCCCAGUACUUUCGGUCCCAUCGAAGUCGUCAAGACCUACCUCGCGUGCACGUAUUCGACGACAGCAAAGCGACCGAGACGGCGCGAUGUGCCGUGUGCUACGAUUCGUUUGGCAUGCACUCGGACAAACGAUCGUGUCGGAAAUGCCACCAGGUCGUUUGCAGUGCUUGCACAACAUGGGCACUCGUCGAGCUAGACGUUGUCGGCCGCAUCAACGUCGUCGUGUGCAUUCAUUGCGCUCGCGCGGCCACCGCGACACCUGUCGCGGCGAUUCCACGCCACCGCACAUCCCCGUCCGUGCCGCCUUUGUACUUCAUGCACUCGCCCCCACCACCACGUACUCACGCGCCGCAGUGGGGAAACAACUUGGACGAUGCGUCGUCGCCUCGAUUCACGCAUGCCAUCCCGAUGCGCCUCUCGGCCGCAUCGUGGAUGGACACAUGGACAGACCGGUGUGAGCCGCCGUCGUCAAAUCAAGACGACGGCCGGCCUCGACACAGAUCCGUGCCAUCGGCCUUUGUCUGCAGCGACAGCGCCACGAACGGUGAACCGUGGAAGCAGGAACAGCUCGAUCGAUCGCGCCACUCGCUGUCACCAACCGGUCGACCACAGCAGACGCCACUGGCACCUCUCCGCGAGAACAUGUACUUGGAAGGCCCGCCGAUUCGACUCGCGUCGUCGGGACCAGCGUUCAGCGCCCCAUCAUGUUCGGGCCGACCGUUGUCAACUUGGCUCGAGCCCACCACCACCACGGCCGUGCAGUGGUCGUCGAUCCACUCGGAAGACUCGCCCGACUCGAUCGAGCGGAUGGUGGUCGACGAAUGCGCCGAGUUUGACGGCGGCUCUCCGCGCUGCAGCGAUGCCGCGCACAGUGUCGUCGAGGCGCUGACGACGACCGGCAACGUGCUGGACCUGACUCGCGGCGACGUCGCAUCGUUCCGGCUGUAGCAAGCCCCCGGGCGUGACGAGAACGAUGAGUAUAUAACUUAUCUACACACACCUCGACGACGCACAAA